UGACGCAGAAACAAACUGAAUUUCUCUGUAUUCGAAGAGAAACUAGGGUUUCCGCAUUGGUGAGCUCUGUCAGAGUGGGAGUGAGUCAAGUCCCGCUGACAAGAAGGGAUUUUGAGAUCGCGUUUGUUUUCUUUUCCCCUUUUAAUAAUUCCUUAAGAAAUUUCUCUCUGUAAAGGUUAUUGUGAAACUGGCGACGAAAUCAAGAAGAGAGAUUGCUUUUUUAUUCAAAUGAUAAUUGAUCAGGAUAGUGGUGGAUUUAGUCCUGACCUCUCAAAAUUCAGCUUGCGUCAGGGCACUGGUGAUAUGGACGUUGAGGAGGUAGAAGAGGUCCCGACCCAUCUCAAUACCAUAAAUAGCUCUGGUGGGUUUCUGGUGGUUUCGAUGGAUAAGCUAUCUGUUCAGUAUACAAGUGUUAAUUUGCAUGGACACGAUGUGGGAGUUGUACAAGCGAAUUGUCCGGCACCAGUGAAGAGGCUUAUGUACUAUUUCGAGAUCUUCGUGAAGAAUGCAGGAGCAAAGGGUCAGAUUGCUAUUGGGUUUACAAACGAACAUUUUAAGAUGCGAAGACAACCCGGUUGGGAAGCAAACAGCUAUGGGUACCAUGGGGAUGAUGGACUGCUUUAUCGAGGGCAAGGAAAGGGAGAGACCUUUGGCCCAACUUUUACAUCUGGUGAUACAGUUGGUGGUGGAAUAAACUACGCUUCACAAGAGUUCUUUUUCACUAAGAAUGGAAAACUAGUUGGAACAGUGUACAAGGACGUUAAGGGUCCGUUGUUUCCUACAAUUGCUGUCCACAGCCAAAAUGAAGAGGUGAAUGUCAACUUUGGGCAGCAACCAUUUGUUUUUGAUAUUGAGGCUUUUACACUGGAGGAAAGAAUGAAGCAGCAGAUGAUGAUUGAGAAAAUAUCACUGCCUCUUAACAUUAGUCAUCGAAUUGUUCGCUCCUACUUACGACACUAUGGAUAUCAAGAUACAUUAAAUUCAUUUGACUUGGCAAGUAGAAGUACACUCCCUCCUAUUCCUGUAGCUCAAGAAAACGGCAUUAAUGAGCAAGCUGAUACAUAUGCACUAAGCCACAGAAAGAUUCUUCGUCAGCUUAUUAGGAGUGGAGAUCUUGAUUCUGUCUUUGGUAAGCUUCGAGAUUGGUAUCCUCAGAUUUUACAGAAUGAAUCAUCCACUAUCUGUUUUCUACUUCAUUGUCAGAAAUUUAUUGAACUUGUUCGGGUGGGGGACCUUGAGAAUGCUGUGAAAUAUGCUAGGGCUGAACUGGCGAGAUUUUUUGGGAUUACACAGUUACCAUAUCUACUUCAGGACUGCAUUGCUUUGCUGGCAUAUGAAGAACCCAUGAAAUCACCUGUUGGGUAUCUCCUUGAAUUGUGCCAGAGAGAACUUGUGGCAGAUGCACUCAAUUCCAUGGUAUUGUCAAUGAAUCCCAGCAUGAAGGAUACAGAGAGCUGUUUACAGUCAUACCUUGAGAGGUUGCUGAGGCAGCUGAGUGCUUGUUGCUUUGAGAGGAGGUCAUUGAAUGGUGAUCAAGGAGAGACUUUCCGUCUGCACAGGGUUCUACAGAGCAGGAAGGAGGGGAAGUCGUAAUGUAUAUUUUAACUUUGCCCCUGAAUAUGAAUCUCCCUCCUUCCAAUGGCUAACUUUAAUGUGCAGAUGGCAUUCCUUGUAUAGGUGAAAUUGGUUUCAGCCGUGGGCAUGGUGGUGUAGAAGUCUCGCUAUUUCGCUAGCUUUCAAGAGGUGGGAAUAAGUUGAGCUUCAAUCUAAUGUUUUAGAUUCAUUAAUGAUGAGCCAAUAUUUCCUAUUUAGAUA